GCGCGCCCCACGGCCGCCGAGGGGCGGGGACGCGAGCGAGGCCGGCCAUGGAGCCCCUGCGGAGGGCCCACGAGGCCGCGCUCCGGCUGCUGCUGUGUCGGCCUUGGGCCUCGGGCGCCGCCUCCCGCCCGAAGCCCCGCGCCUCGGAGGUGCUGACGCGGCACCUGCUGCAGCGACGCCUGCCGCACUGGACCUCCUUCUGCGUGCCCUACAGCGCCGUCCGCAACGACCAGUUCGGCCUCUCGCACUUCAACUGGCCCGUGCACGACGCCAACUACCACGUCCUGCGUACCGGCUGCUUCCCCUACAUCAAGUACCACUGCUCCAAGGCCCCCUGGCAGGACCUGGCCGGGCAGGAUCGGUUCUUCACGGCGCUCAAGGUCGUCAACCUGGGUAUUCCAACCUUAUUAUAUGGACUUGGCUCCUGGUUAUUUGCUAGAGUCACAGAGACUGUACAUACCAGUUAUGGACCAAUAACAAUUUAUUUUCUAAAUAAAGAAGAUGAAGGUGCCAGGUAUUGAAGAUUGUAUUUACUUGGCAGAGACACAGCGAGAGAGGGAACACAAGCAAGGGGAGUAGGCUUCCCGCAGAGCAGGGAGCCCGAUGUGGGACUCGAUCCCAGGACUCCGGGACCAUGACCUGAACCGAAGGCAGAAGCUCAACGACUGAGCCACCCAGGCGCCCCAUUUUUGACCCUUUAAAACAAAACUUUUGUAAACACCUUUUUCUUUCUACGGUGUCGGGUUCUUUAAGAUGAAUCAUUGCCCUCAAGAGGCAAAGCUUUUCAUACAUUGUUAUAUAUUGCGUGCUCUGUUUAGCCAAUGGGAACUACAGAUGCAUGAAGCAUAUACCAAUUUUUUUUCCUAGAAUUGGGUAAAUUACAGAUAAAAAAUGAUUAUAACAUACAUAUAUUCUAUAGUUAGGUAUUAACAAUUCAAGUCGAUUCUUUGAGGAGAAAAUGGAUCUUUUAUAGGACACUGGAAAAAGAAGUAGAGGAUUUCAGGAUAUAUGUGGAGAUAAUACCAUUGGCAAUUCCAGGUGGAUUCUAAUUGUAAUCUGAAAUCUAAACUAUUCAGCUGCCAGGAUUUUCAGUGGGAAUGUCUUAAAGCCCUUGUGCCAUUUACCUAGAUGAGAGGUCUAAAUGUAAUGUUGAAACUUCUUACUGCCUAAACAUCCAAUACCAUACUACUUUCUAAAAAAUAAUGACUCUGGUUAAUGUAAAUGUAGCAAGACAAAUGAAAUUAAGACCUACUAAAAGUUAAAAUAGCAUGCUGAUAAAGCUGUAAGAACAAUUAAGAUCUAGAAAGACCCAGAAGAAUAAAUUUGGUGACUGUUUAUAAAAGCAGUUAGCUGAAAUGGUACAAUAUCCAUACACUUCUUGGUGAUGGGAAAUGGGCUGAAAUUUUAAAGACCUGAUAGCAGUUUUGUGUUAAGAUUUUAUUAAGUUAAUUGCAUUUUUGAAGGCAAAGUCAUUAAAAAAAAUUUAUCCUUGGGGGUAGUUACAAAAUACCCAGAUGAAUGGUAAAUUUCAGAAAUUUGGAGUAAUUUAGGGAGAACUAAGUAGAACUAUUUAAUUUCUAAACCAAUGGGUGUUUAAGAUUUAUGAUCUCUCCCAUAAUUACAAACAUACAUUAUAUAUCAUUUUAUGUUAAUGUGUUGCUGAUACUCUGCAACAUUCACACAUUAUUGUAGCAAAAUAUUUUAUAAAAUACAGCAUUUGGGUGCUUGCUUCUGGCCAAUCCUUAGAGAAAGUGAGUGGCAGUGACUGAGGUGAAAAUACCAGAAUAAAGUAAUACAAACUGACUUCUUUAAAGGUAGUUGUUUUAAAUGAGCUGCAUAAAGUGAGCUGUUCUUCAAAUAUAUGUAGUGUUCACUUGUCUAAAUGCAAUUCUAAAUAACACUUUAAUCAAAGAAGUACUCAUAUUUAGUCCAGAAGAAUAUACUUGACACUAGUUAAAUGAAUGGCUUACACGAAGGAGAUAGUGUUACAUUAAGCUUCAUUAAUAAUAAAACUGACUAUUAGCAUUUUGCAAGGAAGGCUAGAACUGAUUUCCCCUGUAAUGGGCAAAGUUAAAUAACUAUAGCUCAUAAGUUUUAAGUCAAAUACUGCUCAUUCACUGCUGCUGGUCUUGUCAAUACUUGCUGUAAAGGUUUGGUCCCAGCACAAGGCCGAUAAAAUGGUUUUUAAUUACUAGACUAUAAAUACAGCUUUUCAGUAGAGUUGCACUUCUUUUCACACUGGCCUGUUUGAUUUCUGAUAAUUUGUACUGCUGACUCUGCUUACCUGUUUUUCAAUAGCUACAGUCAGUGUGACUUCUUGUCCAUAUGGUGAUAGGUAAGUCUCCUUGGAGAAGAUCUUUGACAAACUACCCUAUUGAUCUCUGUAAUUCUCUGCUGCUUGCAGCAUUAAAUAGAGCCUUGAUUUCUUGUCUCAUGCGCUCGCUGUGUAACAAUUAAGCAAAUGUAAUAUUUUCUUGUAUUACAUGAAAAUCAAUAGACCUCUUGCUCUCAUGGAGUUGAUCAUGGUGAAGGAUGAACUCAACGAUGGCUAAGGGCAUAGUUCAAAUAUUAAAAUACCAUUCAUUGGAUUCAUUAAGUCUUAACAGUGAACCUUUUAGUCUAAAAAUGCUCCCCAUUGAACAGUAAUGGUUUAAGUUUUUCCUUUAAAGUUGAAUAUGACAUGGAAGCAUUGUGGUCUAAAAGGGAUAAAGUAUAAAUGCUAGAAGUCAGGAGAUUGAUUCUAUUUUAGUGUCAGUCCUGUAUUACUUUUUGACCUCAAGCUAAUAACUCUACUCCUUUGUGUCUUAGUUUUUUCCACCUAUAAUCUGAGAAGAACAAAACAAGGAACCUUUCUACUUUAAAAUGUAUGAUAAAUAUACUUGUAAGCAAAUGUCAGUUUUAUUUCAGUAAAAGCUGGUUUUGUAGUCCUCAUUCUUCCAUUCCAUAUGUAUUUAUAUGUAAAGAACUUCAUUAACGGAAGGAUUUUAAAAAUAAGGGAGAGAAAGAAAGGAGGAGACAAAUUGAGGCAUUGUAUGGUUGCCUGCUUGAGAGCUGAUAAUGCCUGAGAUGGCAAGCAGGGUUCCAAGUUGACCCUGCCAUUCUGGAUAUUAGGAAUAUUCUUAGUUGAUGAAACAACCAAACACAGCUUUUCUGCCAAUACUUCUUUGAUGGGAUUUUGUCUUAAAAAAAAAUCCAGGCAAAACUAUUUUUUAAUGAAGAUGAGUGUUAGUAUAAAAUUUUAGAAAUCUUCUAUUGUUACUUCUAUGCAAAUCAGUUAUCAAGUAUUGGAAGAAAUUUCUGGUCAAAAUUUUUAGUUCCUAUGUGAACUGUGAACCACCAUAAAGAUACAAUAAGAAUUGGCAUGGAUGAGGUGGCUAAUAUAAAAAUCCCUAGUUUCUCAGUGCUAAUGUCUUAUCAUACCAAAAUGACAAAUAGCUAUUUCUUUUAUCACACAUAUUUGGUCACUAAGAUUUUGCUAAUUGUUGACUUCAGUAAAAAAAUGAAACAUUUUUAAUUAUUAAAAGCCAUACAUAUUUCUUUUACAGUGUACAUUUUAUUUCUUGUCAUUUAUAUUUAUAUUCACUCAAAACUCUAAGCAAGAACAUCUAUAAUGCUUCAUGAAGUAUCUCUUAAUUCUUUUAAAGAAUGAAUGAUGUUUAAAUGGGUGGGGUGACAUCAAGACAGGAUCUUGGUUUCAUUUCAUUUAAAAGCUAAUGCAGAUAACAGAAACCUUAUCCUAAAGCUGGUAGAUCGGGUAUCUUUUUUUCAGCACUUACCAUUCAGACAGUAAUGAUGUUUGAGGGCAUCUUAACCUAAACAAGUAUUUAGCAUUACAUCUUACCUGGGUCAACAGUCUAGGGUAUCAAAGUUAAACUGUGUUACUGUAAAUUAAUGGAAAAUGUAACUGCACUUUGCUGAAAGAUCAAUGUCCAAUAAAGGCUGCACAAUCAAAUCUUGUUGCAA